AUGGCCGGACCGAGCUGGGAGCCAUGGCCGAGCGCCGGGCGGGCAGCCGCCAGCCCCGGCGAGGAGCUGCCAUGGGCAUCUGAAAUAGUGCAGAGGGUGCAGGACUUCUUCAGGGAGCGGGACAAGGACCAGGCGGGGUUUGUCACCCGCUCGGACAUGCAGAAAUUGCAGGAGGAAGAUUUCCCGUGCAGCACGGAGGAGCUGGAGCUCGUCUUCGAUGGGCUGGAUACUGCUGGCACUGGGCGGUUAUGCAUCGAGGAGUUCACUGCCGGGCUCUGGCAGUUCCUGAGCUCCCAAAAAGCUGCCAGGGACCACCGCCGGCAGAAAACGGCAUCCCGGAGGGUCCGCUUGGUCCUCCCAAGCCCAGCAUUGGAGGGGGUGGACAGCGAGGAGCGGAGACACUUUGCCGCCUUCAUGGACCAGCUGGGCACGGACAACAUCUCUGAAGAACAGGAGAUCUGGCAGCUCUGGGUGAAGCUCCGGCAGGACGAACCCCAGCUCCUGGACAACCUGGAGGACUUUCUGGCCAAGAUGAGGCACCGCAUCCAAGAAGCCAGGAGCAAGAAGGAGGCUUUGGAGGUGACCCUGAACAAGCAUGUGGCUGUGCACGACAAGGAGGUGCAGCAGCUCUGCGAGGCCCUGGAGCAGCAGAUCUGGCAGGAGCAACAGCAGCUGGAGCAGGAGAGCAUGGCCCGGAGCCACCAGCACGGCGUGGAGCUGCAGCAAGCACUGGAUGCCAGCGAGAGGGAGGUGCAGCGCUUGGUCACGGCGCAGAUGGAGCUGGAGACGCGGUGCCGCAGCCUCCGCAGCACGCAGCAAGCCGCCAGCACCGAAAACCGCCAGCUGGAGGAGAGCAACCGGGUGCUGGAGAACCACCUGCAGCACCUCCACCGGCAGCUCCAGCAGACCCACAGGCGCCUGCGGACUGCAAGGGCCGCGGUGGCUCGGGAGCACACGGAGGAGCCUGGGGACAGAGCGGUGACAGAGCUGCCCGGUGAGAUGCCCCUGUCCCCACAGACGAGUCCGGAGAAGAGCGAGAAGUACCGCUCCGAGAUGCAGAUCGGGCUGGGGUCCCAGAGCACAGAGCCUAAAGCCAAGCGCACCCACCAAGUGGUUUGGGAAAUGCUGCCAGCAGAAAUAAGCGUUUUGGGAGCCCUGCCGAGAGUGAGCUCUGUGGAAGAGGACCCCUUCCCAGAAUUCCUGAAAGAGGAACGCUUUUCUGACCAAAGCUCUUUGCUAAGAGAGAUGAAUGAUGCAAUAGCGGCUCUGAGCAAACAGCUGAAGCCACAGGCACUGGGUGCACCCCCCACGCUGGCAGACACUGCCUGUCACCCCCGGGACGAUGCUGAGCCCCAAAUGGGGCCGGAGGCAGCCGCAGCCCAUGGCACAACCCCCGAGGUCCUGCGAGAGACCCUCGUCGGCCACGUCGGUCGUGAGCUGUUUGAAGGAGACAUGAAAGAGGGACCAGCCACAGCUGAGCUUCGUGCUCCAGACAUGACACAGGCUGGUGCGUCCGUGGAAGCCAGGCACCGCAGGGCUCAGGAGCCAGGGGCAGAGCAGGGAGAGAGCCCGGAGGAGGCGCAGAGGAUGUUACUCCUGCAAGGAAAGGGCACUGGUGUGAAGGAGCUGAUGCUAAAGGCAGCUGAGCAUCAGCAAGGAGCACCGGGAGAGAGCACGGAGGCAGGAGAGCAGGCGCUCGUGGAGGUGGAGGGAGAAGGAUGGAGGCAGGAAAAAGCAGGUUGGGAAAAGGCACAGCUCCCGGAAGAAGCUGAGGAUGCAGCAUUAAACCAGGGAGAAGAUCUGGAGGCGGGACUGGGGCCACCUGAGGCUGGGGAGGCAGGUCUAGCAGGGGGAUGGCAGCUUGCCACAGAUGAGUUUAGCCCAGCUGCGGCUCCAGAAGAGUGUGUGCAGCCCCGGGGCACAGGGCUGGGGGAAGAGGCUGACCCGCCCUCGGGGCUCUCCAAGAAACUUGAAAUAAAGCCUGGAGAGCGCCUGGAGCCAGAGCCACCAUCCUGGGGUGAGGCGCAAAUGGGAGCAGCCCAGGGGGAUGGUGUCCUCCCCGAGGUGACAGUGGCUCCUGACCCCGGGAUGCUGGAGGAUGAGCGCGUCUAUGCGGAGGUGCAGCCCUGGGGAGAGACCUUAGAUGCCGACGUGCCGCCAGCCCCAGCUCAGCAUGGAGGGAGCAGCGGAGCUGGGGCUGAGGAAGGGGAGGUGGAGGUAACAGAGCCCAGGGAGGCAGAGCCGCGGCUGCAGGGUGAGUCUGCGAGGGGAGACGCAGCGUGGGGAGGGAGCGUGGGUGCAGAGGUGCUGCUGCCACCCACCGACGUGCAGGAAGGCGGAGCGGGGACAGAUGUGCAACUGCUGGAGGCCCAGAGCAGCGAUGCCAAUGUGCAGCUGCUUGCAGAGGUGGAGGAGCUCGAAGCGAGCACGGAGGCAGAUCUGCAGCCCCCAAGUGAGGCCAGCUCCCUGGAGACAGAGCAGGGAGGGAGCGUGGCUCCAGAUGUGCAGCCACUGGAGGAGGAUGAUAAACCAGAGUUAGGGCUGGGGGAGGAAAUGGGUGCUGCUGUGGUGCACAGUGAGGGUCCUUCCCCAGCAGAAACACCUGUGGGGAGCCCAGACCUGGGUGGGCUGUUCCUAGUGAAGGCUCAGGCACUGGAACUGGUGGGGGUAGAGGAAUCUCAGGCAGACACACAGCUGCGUGGGGAUCCCAGUCCAGAAGCUCCCCAAAGAGGGGGGGACCAUGCAGCCAUGCAGCUCGGGGAUGAGGAUGAGGGACGAGGGCAGGGCGAGCAUGAGCUGCCACAUGAGCCUGUGAUAGAUCUGCAUGGGGCAGGAUUCGGGCAGGGAGAGGGGGCUGGUGCAGAGAAGCAGCCUGGAGCUGAGGCCGAUGAAUGCAGCGCUGGCAGGGAGGACUCUGCUCCUCUGCCUGUAGUGCCGUUUGGGGAGCAGAGGCCAGGAGCGGAGGUGGAUGGAGAUGUACAGCACCCAGAGGAAGAGGGGGAGCUGGAACUGGUGCAGGGAGAGGGCAUCAACGAGGAUGGGUUGUUCCCGAUUAAGGCUCAGGCCCUGGAACGGGUGGAGGCAGAGGACUCCUGGGCAGACACACAGCUGCGUGGGGGUGCCAGCCCAGAAACGCCCCAGGGAGGGGAGGGUCAAGCAGCCAUUCAGCUUGGGCAGGAGGCUGAGGAUGGGGCACAAGGACAGGGUGAGCAUGAGCUGCCACAUGAACCUGUGCUCGAUUCGCAGGGAGCAAUAGUCAGACAGGGAGAAGGGGCUGGUGCAGGUGUGCAACCACAGGAGGAGGCUGUAAUCCUGGGCACGCUGGAGGACCAGAGCACAGAUGCCAAUGUGCAGCUGCUUGCAGAGGCAGUUGAGCUCAAACUGACCCCAGGAGGGAGCACAGAGGCAGAUCUGCAGCCCCCCAGUGAAGCUGGUUACCUGGGGACAGAGCAGGGAGGGAGCGUGGCUCCAGACGUGCAACCACCGGAUCUGGUCGAUAAACCAGAGUUAGUAGAAAUGGUGGAAGCAGAGGACUCCUGGGCAGACACGCAGCUGCGUGGGGGUGCCAGCCCAGAAACCCCCCAGGGAAGGGGGGACCGUGCAGGCAUGCAGCUCGUGGAGGAGGCUGAGGAUGGGGGACAAGGGCAGGAUGAGCGUGGGCUGUCACACGAGCCUGUGCUUCACCCCCAUGGAAUGGCCAUCGGGCAGGGAGAGGGGGCUGGUGCAGGUGUGCAGCCAUGGGAGGAGGUUGUAAUCCUGGACAUGGUGAAGGACCAGAGCACUGAUGCAAAUGUGCAGCUGCUUGCAGAGACGGAUGAGCUCAAAUCGACCCCAGGAGGGAGCACAGAGGCAGAUCUGCAGCCCUCCAGCGAGGCCAGCUCCCUGGGGACAGAGCAGGGAGGGAGCGUGGCUCCAGAUGUGCAACCCCUGGGUCAGGGAGCAGGAGUUGGGCAGGGAGAGGGGGCUGGUGCAGGCGUGCAAUCACGGGAGGAGGCUGUAAUCCUGGUCACACUGGAGGACCGGAGCACUGACACAAGCGUGCAGCCACUUUCAGAGGUGGAUGAGCUCAAAUCAACCCCAGGAGGAGGCAUGGAGGCAGACCUGCAGAACUUGAGUGAGGCUGGCUCCCUGGAUACAGAGCAGGGAGGGAGUGUGUCUCCAGAUGUACAACUCCUGGAUCAGGUCGAUAAACCAGAGUUAGUGGAAAUGGUGGAAGCAGAGGACUCCUGGGCAGACACGCAGCUGCCUGGGGGUGCCAGCCCAGAAACCCCCCAGGGAGGGGGGGACCGUGCAGCUGUACGUCUCAGAGAGGAGGCUGAGGAAGGGACACAAGGACAGAGUGAGCAUGAGCGGCCACACAAGUCUGUGCUCGAUCCGCAGGGAGCAGGAGUUGGGCAGGGAGAGGGGGCUGGUGCAGGCGUGCAAUCACGGGAGGAGGCUGUAAUCCUGGACACACUGGCGGACCAGAGCACUGAUGCCAAUGUGCAGUCGCUUAUAGAGGCAGAGGAGCUCAAAUCAUCUUCGGGAGGGAGCACAGAGGCAGAUCUGGCACCCCUGGGUGCAGCUGGGAUGCAGGAAGGGCAGCAGAGCCAGACUCCUGGUUUGGAGGCAGGUCUGUGUGCAGCUCACACCGCAGACGGGUGGGAGGGGGCUGCUGGUGCGCAUGUGUCCCCUCCGGCUGAGGCUGCUUUACAUCCUGAGUGUGCCACUGCCGCUGAGGGUCCUGGUCUGGAAGCAAUGCUGGGAGCACUCACUGGUCCAGAUGGGCAGAUCCCAGAGGAUACCCAGACACUGGAAAUACCGCAGGGAGAGAGGGCUGAUGCAGAGGAGAGGCCUUUGGGUGGAGCUCAAGGUCUGGAAGUGAUGCAGGGAGAGAGGCUGGAGGCAGGGGCGAGGAUUUUAGUUGAAACUCAGAGUCUAGGGAUAAAGCAGGGCCGUGAUGACAGUGCGUCUGCGCUGGCCCCCCCGGUCUCGGAGGUGACAUUACAAAUCAGCACCCUAAAGCUGGAAACGAUGAUGCAGGAGGAUGUUCUCGUUCCAGAUGUGCGGCGGCUAGGCACUUCAGGACAGGCAGCCCAAAGCGAGCUUCAGGAGCAGGUCUCAGCACAGGCAGAUAAGGUGAGGCUUCACGCUGCUUCCCAGCAGCCGCAGGAGAAGCUGCCACACAUGAUGGAAACGGAGCAGAUAGCUGCCAGACCUGCCGAGCCUCCAAAACAAGAGGUGCCACCAGCGUCAACCCUUCACACAGGGGUCCAACAGGAGGAAGAUGCUGGGAAUGAUCAGUCGGGGAUGGUCCUCAGAGACAGCUCACUGGGGGAUGCAGCCAACAGCAGCACGCGGCCUCAGAGGCAGCUCUUGGGAGAACAGAGUGAAGACCUCAAUGUUGGUCAACAGGAGAAGCAAGAGGUUGGACAGAAAACGAGCCAGGAAGGUGAGCCCAGCCGAGGAGAGCCAGGGGCCGUGACUGCAGAUGGGGCGGGAGAACCAAGGGGUUCUCCUGAAUCCUUCCUGGUCCCAGACCACCUCUACAACGUGCUGUUCGUUGGGGACUCCCAUGUGGGCAAAACAUCAUUCCUGUACCGGUUGCACACCGACAUCUUCAACCCGCACCACACCACCACAGUAGGACUGGAUUAUUGGGUCAAAAACCUCGUCGUGGACAACAAGUGCUUUGCUCUCUGCCUGUGGGACUCAGCUGGUCAAGAAAGGUACCGCAGCAUCACCAAGCAGUUCUUCCGGAAGGCGGACGGGGUCGUGCUGAUGUACGAUAUCACAUCGGAGUGCUCCUUCUCAGACGUGCGGUACUGGCUGAGUUGCAUCCAGCAAGGAGCAGAAGAUGGAGUUGCUAUUCUGCUUCUCGGGAACAAAACCGACCGUGCUGCAGAGAGACAGGUCCCUACGAAGGAGGGGGAACGCUUGGCCAAGGAGCAUCAGCUCAUGUUUUACGAAUGCAGUGCUGCCUCAGGCCACAACGUCUCCGAGUCCAUGGUCAGCUUAAUCAGGUUGCUCAAAGUUCGUGAAGAUGAAUUGAAAAAUAAGGCAAAAGAAGUACUAAAGCCAUCUCAGAAGAAGAAGGGCUGCUGCUGGUGA